AUGUCUUUCUUGCGUUCAAUUUUUUUGAAUAGGUCAUCAUUCCGUCUCUCAUCGUCCGAAAUUCCAAUAAGCAAGACAGCGUUUGCUACAUUUAUAUUUCGUCAAUACUCUCAAAAUAAGCAAAAAUCCAUACCACCACCUAGAGAAUUUCUAGAAAAAAUUGGUCGUGGUUGCGGUGAUCUGGCUGAUAAAUUUCGGGCAAGUCUUUUACCUUUUCAAAUGUCCUCUCAUAUUAACCUACUUUCUAAGAUUUUAUCUGAAAUAGGAUUGGGAUCAUCUAUUCACCACUUCGUCGCAAGAAAUGAAAGAUGUUUUGGAAUUACCUACUAA